AUGGUAUUUUUAGAAAUAUUUGCAUGGACAGUUUUAACUUGGUAUGUCUUUGUUAUUUCCCUUAUAAUACUUGGAUGGGUGACUAUUCGUUCUAUUGAUUCAGAAAGUAUGAUCCAUAAUGAAGAGACUUUAACAGAGACAUUACCGGGUGUAUCUAUUCUGAGGCCUCUUAAGGGUUUAGAUCCCCAUCUUUAUGAUUGUCUGGAAUCAACGUUUGUUCAGAAAUAUCCUAAGUUUGAGAUUAUUUUGUCAGUUGCAGAUGAAACGGAUCCAGCGGUUUCAGUAGCUAAAGAAAUUAUUGUGAAGUAUUCUAAUGUUGAUGCACGGAUUAUUAUUGGUGAUGAAAGAAUUGGUCAAAAUCCGAAGAUUAAUAAUUUAGUACGUUCUGAACGAGAGGCAAAAUAUGAUAUUCUUUGGAUUUUGGAUAGUAAUAUAUGGAUAUCGCAAGGAUGUAUUGAACGGAGUGUUAAAUCGUUAAUGACACCUGGUGUUCAAUUGGUACAUCAUUUACCAGUUUGUAUUGCCUCGUCUUCUCGACCUUCAGUGGGAUCAUGUUUAGAUGAAAUGUUUUUGUCUACAUUUCAUGCAAGGAUGUAUUCUGCAAUUAAUCGUAUUGCGGUUACUCCCUGUGUUAUAGGUAAAAGCAAUUUAUUUAGGCGAAUUUCUUUGUUAUCUCGAGCACCUAAGGGAUUAAAAGAGUUUUCGAACUACAUAGCUGAAGACCAUUUAAUUGCUACGACUUUAUGGACAAGACGAAAAAGUCAUUUUAUGGCGUCAGAAUAUGUAUGGCAGCCAGUUGAAAAUAUUAGAGUUAGCGAUUAUAUUGCGAGACGUAUACGAUGGAUACGCCUUCGGAAAUAUGUUGUCACUGUUCCUACGUUGGUUGAGCCAUUUACAGAAAGUAUAUUAUCUGGUUUUUUGGGAGCUUGGUCGAUUUCUAUUUUAAGUAACUUUAGACAUGUUUAUAUAUUAUGGAUCAUUCAUAUGUUCAUUUGGAUGGUUAUGGAUUAUACACAAUUUAACAUUUUGCGCUCUUCUCUGCCUACUGAAAUUAAAAAUGAUUCCAAUUUGACACCAUGUUGUUAUAAUUUUUUUCAUUGGAUUUGUAUUUGGGUUUUACGAGAAAUAUUGGCGUUUCCUAUUUGGGUUAUAGGUAUUUCUGGUUCGCGAAUUUAUUGGAGAAAUCAGACUUUUACACUUCGUUCUGACAUGACUGCACAGACAGUAUAUUAGAAAACUUAAUUUUUGUAAGAUAAAAAAAGUUUUAAUAUUUUUGUAUGAAUUGGUGUAUUUUUAUUUGUUUCAGUUAUAUUCUUUUUUUGGAAUUGGCUGAUAAAUGG